AUAUAUAUUUAUAUCUUUUCAAAGAUUAAGACUUGGUUUUUUUACGGUUUGGAUUAGUUUAAAUUACUUUUGGGCUUAGGGCUAGCGAUGAGCAUUCAUUUGUAAUUGGUAAUGUUCACAGAAAUGCAUUAUGUCAAAGAGAGUCCUCAUAUGUAUAGAGGUACAAUACAUUUACUGUUUGCGACUACAAAAAAAGUCUAGAUGUUACAUUAAACUCGCCCGCAAUGCUUAAUAAAAUUAAUUUGUAUAAAGAGGCACAUAUUUUUUAUUCGCAUCCUCAAAUUCUAGAUUCUCAUUGUAAUAACACUUUAAUUGGACUUAAUGUGGGGAUCUAGACAGGUUUUGUUUAACUAGAGUAUUGAGAGACAAUAAUACCAAAGUUGCGAUCGUAAGGGAUACAACCUAAUAAAGCCUUCUGAACUGAAAGAUACACACUGUCUGCUAUAUUAAUACAUUAUAGAACUUUCCUUAAGCUAAAAAAAACAGCUUGUCUUUUUUGUGUGCUUUGAAUCUCCAUGAAAAAACAAUUUAAAUUGCCGUACUUAUUAAAACCCCACAAUUGAACAGCGAAGUGUUGCCCGCCAGGACCUGGCCUUUCUUGCUAUUGUUAGUUCUGGGAGUUGACAGUAGCUCAUCAAUGUUCAACUCAGCUCUAUAUGAAACUCAAACAACUAAUGUCGAUUGACAUCUAUCACGAAAUAGCUUCUUUCUUUUUGGCACACCUGUCCUGUGUGAAGUGUGCUUUCCACUUAGCUUCUCGGGCUUUUCCGCAACUAGGUCAAAUAUAGCGUUGGCCCCCGGUGUAAGCAAGAUGUGACUUGGCAACAGCUGGCGCCCAGAAUGCAGCAGUGACUGCUGAUGUGCAGAUGGACAGAUUUGAGGAGUCUUUUGGUCAGUGGUGCUUUCCAGCUGGAGUUGUUCCAGGUACACUCGAGCUGGUUGACCCCGUUGAUGUACCUUGGCCACAAACGGAGCUUGGAGGAAUGUGACAUGUUCAGCGUUCUUCCAGAGGAUCAAUCUGAAAUACUUGGAGAGGAACUCCAGAGAUUUUGGGAUCGUGAAGUUAAAAAGGCCACAAAGGAGCUCAGGAAGCCAAAGCUCUCCAGAGCUCUUAUCAAGUGCUACGGGACGUCCUACGCGCUGGCUGGAAUUUUCACUUUUACACUGGAGGCAAUCAAAGUGGUCCAGCCACUUCUUCUGGGAAAAAUCAUUCUGUACUUUGAGAACUAUGACCCAGACGACCAGAGGAGUCUUCACAUGGUUUAUGGUUAUGCUGCUGCGAUGUCCCUAUCCACUUUUGGCCUGACAGUCCUCCAGCAUCUCUACUACUACCAUGUCCAGAGAACAGGCAUGAAGAUCAGAGUGGCCAUGUGUCACAUGAUAUACAGGAAGGCUCUCGGUCUCAGCAGUGAAUCCAUGGUGCACACGACCACCGGACAAAUUGUGAACCUCCUUUCCAAUGACGUCAAUCGUUUUGAUGAGAUUACACUCAACCUGCACUACCUCUGGGUGGGACCUCUUCAGGCGAUGGUUGUCAUCCUUUUCCUUUGGUACGAGAUUGGACCGUCGUGUCUGGCAGGUGUGGCCGUUAUGGCCCUCAUGAUACCAGUGCAGACCUGGUUUGGAAAGCUCUUUGGCGUGUUCAGGAGUAAAACGUCAGUCAUUACUGACAAUAGAAUCCGCAUCAUGAAUGAGGUGGUGUCUGGCAUCAGGAUUAUCAAGAUGUAUGCCUGGGAGAAACCCUUCUCAGCACUGGUCACUGAAAUCAGAAGGAAAGAGAUCGAACAGAUACUGAAGAGCUCCUACCUGCGAGGACUCAACAUGGCCUCCUUCUUUGCCAGCAGCAAGAUCAUCGUCUUCGUCACCUUCACAGUCUACGUUCUCCUGGGCAACCCCAUCACUGUCAGCCGGGUGUUUGUCACGGUUUCCUUGUACGGGACAAUCAAGCUCACGGUCACCCUGUUCUUCCCCCUUGCUGUCGAGAAGUUGUCUGAGACUGUGGUCUGCAUUCGCAGGAUUAAGGCUUUUCUCCUACUGGAAGAGAUUGAGAGAAAAAAGAGCUUUUCUUGGGAGGAAAUAAAGGAAAACUCCGUUGAAAUUGAGAAGUUGACCUGCUACUGGAAUAAGAGUUUGGACUCUCCAUCGCUACAGGACAUCUGUAUUACAAUGAAGUCGCACCAACUUCUGACUGUAAUUGGCCCAGUGGGAGCUGGAAAGUCAUCUCUGCUAAGCGCCAUCCUGGGAGAGCUGCCUCACGACGCGGGAACCCUUAAGGUCAAAGGUCGGCUGACGUACGCUGCCCAGCAGCCCUGGGUGUUUCCUGGAAGUGUUCGCAGUAACAUCUUGUUUGGGAGAGACCUCGACCCCAAGAAAUAUGAGACGGUCCUGCGGGCCUGUGCGUUGAAGAGGGACCUGCAGCUUCUCCCAGAUGGAGACCUGACUCUCAUCGGGGACAGGGGAGCCACACUCAGUGGGGGGCAGAAAGCUCGCAUCAACCUGGCGAGGGCUGUGUACCAGGACGCAGACGUCUACCUCCUGGAUGACCCUUUAAGUGCUGUGGAUGCCGAGGUCGGGAAACACCUUUUUGAGAAGUGCAUCUGUGGCCUCCUAAAGAACAAGACUCGGAUCCUGGUCACCCACCAGCUGCAGCACCUGAAGGCAGCCGACCAGAUUGUGGUCCUCAAGGAGGGUCACAUCAUGGCCCGCGGUACCUACGAUGAGCUGCAGUUCUCUGGCCUCGACAUUGGGGCCCUGCAGAAGACCAACGAGGAGCAGAAGCGAUGCACUCUGCCGUCUGACCCGGACAGCGUGUCCCUACUCAGCCAGAGGACGGACCACUCGCACAGCUCUGACAGCAGCCUGCUGCCCGCAGAGAGCCACCAAGCCGACCAGCUACCAGUUGAAACCGUUCAUACCAUGGCAGAGGAGACCCGAGCCGACGGGAACAUCGGCGGUCACAUUUAUCUGAAGUACUUCUCUGCAGGCUGUAACCCUCUGGUGUUGAUGGUGAUAGUGCUGCUCAGUGUCAUCGCUGAGGUUGCAUAUAUUGUGCAGGACUGGUGGCUGGUCUACUGGGCAAGAGAGGAGUUUUUUAACUGCACAGCUGGGCCCGGUAGAAUAGACGCAAGCAUUAAUACUACUCACCCAGUUCAAGAGCUCAAUCUCAAAUUCUACCUUGGGAUUUAUUCCGGUUUGACAGCGGCUGCUGUGGUAUUCGGCUACGCCAGGAGUCUGGUGAUCUUUCGUGGGUUGGUGAUGUCCUCUCAGGUUCUGCACAACAACAUGUUCAGCGCUGUCCUUCGAACUCCCAUUCACUUCUUUGAUGUCAACCCCAUAGGAAGAAUUCUCAACAGGUUUUCCAAAGACAUCAGCCAGAUUGACUCCACAUUACCCAUCACCUUUGUGGACUUCUAUCAAUUGUUCUUACAGAAUGUUGGUGUGGUUGCGGUCGCUGCCUCUGUCAUCCCUUUCAUCCUCAUCCCCGUCAUUCCUCUGCUUGUUGUCUUCUUGUACUUGAGGCGUUUCUACCUCUGCACUUCACGGGAAGUCAAACGCCUUGAAUCUACAACUCGCAGUCCGGUGUUCUCCCACCUGUCGUCAUCUCUUCAGGGCCUGUGGACCAUCCGAGCCUUUGGAGCAGAGGAGCGGUUGAAAAAAGCCUUUGACGCACAUCAGGACCUGCACUCUGAGGCCUGGUUUUUGUUCCUGAUGACCUCCCGCUGGUUUGCACUUUACCUUGACGCCAUUUGCGCCCUUCUUAUCACCUUCUCGACCUUUGGAUGCAUCCUACUCAGAGAUGGGCUGAAGGCCGGCGAAGUGGGCCUGGUGCUGACUUAUGUCGUGACCCUGGUGGGAAACUUUCAGUGGACGGUGAGGCAAAGUGCGGAGGUGGAGAACAUGAUGACCUCGGUGGAGAGAGUGGUGGAGUACACUGAACUGGAGAGUGAAGCACCCUGGGAGACAGAGAAGCGCCCUCCUCCCGAUUGGCCCAGCAAAGGCCUGGUGACCUUUGACCGGGUCAGCUUCUCCUACAGCAGGGAUGGACCGCAGGUCCUGAAAGACAUCAGCGCCACCUUUCAGCCCAAAGAGAAGGUGGGCGUUGUGGGUCGAACAGGUGCUGGGAAAAGCUCUCUGGUCUCAGCUCUGUUCCGCCUGGCAGAGCCUCAGGGCAAGAUCUACAUCGACGGUGUCCUGACCUCUGAGAUCGGCCUCCACGACCUGCGCCAGAAGAUGUCCAUCAUUCCUCAGGACCCGGUGCUGUUCACAGGCUCCAUGAGGAAGAAUUUGGACCCUUUUGAGCAGCACAGUGAUGAAGAACUGUGGAAGGCUCUGGAAGAGGUACAGCUGAAGCCUGUGGUGGAGGAGCUGCCGGGGAAGUUGGAGACGGUUCUGGCCGAGUCGGGGGCCAACUUCAGCGUGGGCCAGAGGCAGCUGGUGUGCCUGGCCAGAGCCGUACUGAGAAAGAACCGCAUCCUGGUGAUCGACGAGGCCACGGCUAACGUGGACCCCAGGACUGAUGCGCUGAUCCAGAAAACGAUACGGGACAAGUUCAGUGAAUGCACCGUGCUCACGAUCGCUCACCGGCUCAACACCAUCGUAGAUAGUGACAGGAUACUGGUGCUGGACAGUGGUACCAUCCAAGAGUUGGCCAGUCCUUUUACCCUGCUACAAAACAAAGAGGGGGCUCUCUACAGGAUGGUGCAACAGACGGGCCCGGCUGAGGCAGCAGCUCUACUAGAAUCAGCCAGACAGCCAACGUGUCCCACAUGACCUCACUGAACAAGAAACCAGGCUACCAUACCUGAGCCAAAAGGUUGAGUGCUAUGACAAUCAGCAGAAACACGACACUGGCUCCAGCUUUCAAGUAUUUGACGUACAGACGCAC